AUGGAAUUAACCGCCUGGUUAGAUACAAGCUUGUCAGCACUGGCCAAGAUGAUGGAGAUGACAGAGCUACACGAAGCUGUCGCCAUCGGAGAUUACGAUUUAGUGGAAAAGAUUCUGAAGAAAGGAUCUUGCAAUCCAAACUAUAAGGACGUUGACUGGAACGACAGGACACCACUCCACUGGGCUGCUAUUAAAGGGCAAACAGAGAUGGUGAAGCUGCUUAUUGACUACGGAGCCCGGCCCUGCCUGACUACGGACGUGGGUUGGACCGCUGCCCAUUUUGCGGCUGAGUCGGGGUGACUGGGAGUUCUCAGGACCCUGCAUGCUCUGCAUGCUGCCAUUGAUGCCCCCGACUUCUUUGGGGAUACCCCAAAAAGGAUCGCCCAGAUAUACGGGCAGAAAGACUGCGUCAAGUUCCUAGAGACAGCUGAAGCUGAGUGCCGUGCCUAUCAGCUGCAAGCCCAGCAGAAAGGUUUACACCUGGAUCAGAAGGAUGAGGAAUGGGAAUUCAAGAGAAGAGAGGUCAUGAGAACCUCACCCUCUUUAGGGCAAAAUCAAAAUAAUAGGAAGAAUGAGAAAUCAGGGGAUCUCCAAGUUUGCUAGAGUUAAAGAAAGUCACAUGAGAGAAGUCUGAGAAGGAAAACCACAGAUAACAGCGGUAUUGCUUCAGAUGAAGUUCCUGAAAGAGAGGAUGAUUCUAGAGACUGUUCUGUGCUGUGUGGGAAAUGACCUGUCCAGGCCCCCUGGGGAGAAAGUAGUACAUUCCCUAUUAUUCACUGGGUCAUGUUUUUGUUUGCAGUCUGAAAAUAUGAUCACCGCUGCUUACCCAUAAUCAUUUCCACAGUACGGGAAAAGGACUUCAGAGAGAAAUGAAUGCUCGCACCCAUAUGAAUGCUGGGUUCUAGUCCCGGUCUGAUGAAUACCUAUUCUGUGAUC